UUGUACAAUCGAGUCAAGAGAUAUUACGUUUUAUCUCUUCCAUUAAUUUAAUUAUUUUCGAAACUCACCCAAAACCACUGGAGACCGUUGAUUCCCCCUGAACCGCCAUGAUUCGACAUUACUGCUAAUCGAGCACACCAGAACAAUCGGAUAAAUUAAAUCACGUUUCAUAAUCAUCGCGUAAAAUCAAUAAUAGCUACGAUUGAAUAAACGUAUAAUAAUUAACUAAACACUUGACAGCUUUUCACCCCGAAUAUUUUCACAACAAUGCUCAAUCGUCAAUGGAACUCUAUCGAAUACUCAAGAAACAAAAACAAACUGUCAAUAACACAUGUCCCCCCAAUCAGCUGAUGACGCACUAAACGUGAGGAUCAGGCGACCAGUUCCACCCCUUCCCCACCGCAUCGGACACAACAAAUGCUUUUCGGUGUUAUUAAGCCCCCUGUGCGCAUGUCACAGUCUUAUCCCAUCAGAAACGACGCAGGUUCUAAACAAAAGUGUUAAAAAGUCGUCCUCCCCAUUUUUUCGAUCAAACAAAUUUUUUUGCGACAAUAAAUAUGGCAGAUGGAGUCAAGCAGGAACACAAGAUCGACGAGAGUGAAAACUACAACAUGGAAAACAACACUGACCCCAAGAACGUCCAGGAACUGACCCAAUUCGUGCAGACACUCCUCCAGGGAAUGCAGGACAAGUUCCAGACGAUGUCGGACCAGAUUAUUGGGAGAAUAGAUGAAAUGGGGACUCGAAUAGACGACCUGGAGAAGAACAUUGCGGACCUGAUGACGCAGGCUGGUGUGGAGGGUGCAGAGAAAUGAAACAACAUUCAUUAGUCGUUCAAAAGGAAUUUUCAUUAAUUGAUGAUAGCCCACAUCGAAGCACGGUAUUGCAAUCAUUGUGACAUUAACACACCUUGUUCACAUUCUGUCAAGAUUAUCAAUAAAGUAUUAUUUUUUAAACGUA